CUGCUAUUUGUAGUUCGUACUGCGAAAUGGGUUUUCCUCUCCGAUAGGCGGAAGCCACAAACUUGCUGUCAGCGAUUACGAAGAAGAAGAAGAAGAAGAUCGUGCUGUUCUGGUGCUGUCUUCAAGCUGCAGGGUUCCUGCACGAAGGGAAAAGGAAGGAGGGACUGAAAGAGCGGACGAAGUGAAGGAAAGGGGAGGCUGAAAGAAAAGAAAGGAAGAUGUCGGGCAUGGGGGACGGAUACGUGGGCACAGCCCAAGACGCCGUUAGAAUCCGGAGACUUGAGAAGCAGAGAGAAGCGGAGCGCAAGAAAAUCCAGGAGCUCAAGCACAAGUCCGCCUCUGAAAAAGGCCAGCCCGGCCUCCUCCAAUUCGGAUCCAGCACCUCAGAGAUUCUGGAGACUGCUUUCAAGAAGGAGACUGUUGGUUUGGUGACUAGAGAGCAGUAUGUUGAGAAGCGGGUUAACAUUCGUAACAAAAUUGAGGAGGAAGAGAAGGAGAAGCUUCAGAAGCUGCAACAAGAGGAGGAGGAGCUUCAACUGCAAAAGCGUAAAAAGAGGAGGAUGAAGGGAUCUUCACGUUUAUCCUUUGUUGAUGAUCUUGGAGAUGGAAGUGAAGAUGAGGAUGGGGAAAGCAAAAGCGAAGAGCCAAGCAGUUUUAAGCACGGAAAACUUGGCAAAGAUCCUACAGUUGAAACAAGCUUUUUGCCAGACAGUGAGAGGGAAGCAGAGGAACAGGCUGAGCGGGAAAGGUUGCGGAAACGAUGGCUUCAUGAGCAGGAACAGAUACGAAAUGAGCCUCUUGAAAUCACUUACAGCUAUUGGGAUGGGGCAGGGCAUAGACGAGUGAUCCAGGUUCGCAAAGGUGAUACAAUAGGCGAGUUUCUUCGAGCUGUUCAGCAGCAACUAGCACCUGAGUUUCGCGAGAUUCGAACAACUUCGGUGGAGAAUCUGCUUUAUGUGAAAGAAGAUCUUAUCAUUCCUCAUCAACACAGUUUCUAUGAGCUAAUCAUCAACAAAGCCAGGGGCAAAAGUGGACCGCUUUUCCAUUUUGACGUUCACGAAGACGUGCGUACUAUUGCUGAUGCAACAAUAGAGAAGGAUGAGUCCCAUGCUGGAAAGGUUGUUGAAAGGCACUGGUACGAAAAGAACAAGCAUAUAUUUCCCGCUUCAAGAUGGGAGGUGCUCUCUCUCUCUCUCUCUCUCUCUCUCUCUCUCAGAUUUCUUCAGUUCUCUUUUGUUUAUGGCACUUGGUAUGUCAACCUAGGCUCCAGACUGUUAAAUGAGAUUGUUUUUUGGUUCAUAUUUAGUGUGGGGUGAUGGGUGAAUAUGCCUGCUUGGAUGUUAUUGUAAUCCAGACCAUGGAGAUGUUUAUUGCUUGUAGAGAACUUGUGGCUUUGUAUGUUUCUUCACCAACUAUUUUUCUGUGUUUGUUGUUGCAGAUAUAUGAUCCGACAAAGAAAUGGGAGCGUUAUACUAUUCACGGGGACUGAUUUCUUUGAAGCAAGAUAUUAUAUUUUUGCAACAUUUAAUUUAUAUGUUCUUUAUAGUUACUGAAACCCUUUUUCUUCAGCUUUUAUGGGUGCAAGUUUUGUGUAUCUUUGUACAAUUUGAUUUAGGAACUUAAAAAGGAUAAUUGACCUGCCACUCUCCAUUGAAGUGUAAUGCUCAUUUAAACAAACCCUGUUCCACCAAA